UAUAAAUACCCACCAUAUUCCAUAACCGCAUCUAACAAUUCUCAUACUCAGUAUUAAGACAGCUAGAUUCCGAAGCGCACCAUAAAUAUGAAGGUAUUUUGUUUGUUUACACUGCUAGUCGCACUCAGUGCAGCCCGUGUUAUCGAAGAUGUGAAGGAAGCACCGGAGCAGGGGCUACAGGGUUACUUCGAUACUCUCAAGGAGAUAUACUACAAACUCAAGGAACUCGGACACGAAACUGUUUGCGGAAAGACUGUAACUGAGCUGCUUGAACUUCUCGGACUGCCCGACGCCGUGGACGGAAUUGUCGCCACAGCCAGAGGCUGGGUUUGCAAUGCCCUGAGUGCCCCCCUACAAGUGAGAGAUGUUGCCCAGCCUCAGGCUCUCCAGGGAUACUUUGAUACUCUGAGACAAAUCAUCUCCAAACUGAGGGAACUUGGUUAG